AAGCCCUUGUCUGGCGGUUGUGGCUUCUCUUGGUUGGCGAGAACAGAAGAAAGCCGGAGGACUUGACAAAGCAGGGUUCCCCCCCCCCCCCCCCCUGCUUGCUUAAGCCACUGACAGCUAUUCUCCUGCUUCCUUCGUCGCUCGAGAAGCGUCUGUUUAACUUUCUUGACCCGACUUCCUUUUUAUCUUCAGAAAACAUGUCCUGGAAAACCUACGUGGAUACGCUGAUGGACGAUGGUCUCGCCUGCCAGGACGCGGCCAUUGCUGGGUACACAGACAACCCAUAUGUCUGGGCAUCAUAUUGCGGCGGCAAGUUUGGCAGCAUCACGUCUGAAGAAAUUUACACGUUGUUGACAAAGGAUCGUUCCUCUUUAUUCAUCAACGGGCUGACCAUAGGCAACAUAAAAUGCUCCGUAAUCAGAGAUGGUUUGGAUGAGGAUGGGACGAUGGACCUCCGGACAAAGGAUGCAGGAGGAGGGCCCACAUACAAUAUUACUAUAGGCAAAUCUUGCAAAGCAUUGCUUUUCGUCAUGGGGAAUGCAGGUGUCCAUGGAGGGAAGCUCCAGAUGCGAGUACAUUUUCUAAUGGAUCACCUGAAGAAGGGUGGAUAUUAAAGUGUCCUGUGCCACCACAGCCAGUCAACCCACCCACCCACCUACAUACCGUCUACCUACCACCCUGUUUCAUUUCACUUCCUGUUCUAGUUGCUAGAUACUUUUCUUCUCCCUAUUCCUCGCCCAAACCAUCUUAAGUUGAUCCAUAGCCAAGACGAGCUGAUGCCUAAUGAUGUCACUUGACUAAGACCAGCAAAAAGAAAGCCAAACACUUUUUCUUUGGUGCCCACUGACACAAGUCCCACAAUAUGUGCUCCCUUGCAGAGCAGCCAAUGCCUUCUUUUGAUUGGGGCGCUUUCGCAGUAGCUCAUCACGUCUUCCUCCUCUCACAAUUUCUUUUCCCGCUGUUUUACACUGCUCCUUCAGGAAAAAAGACCUUCCCGUUAAUAAAACAUUGGACACCCUUCCUCACAUCUGUGCACCCACAUCCUUGUCAAGGUGUAGUUUGGAUCAGUUAACAAUCAUAAUGCGGAGUGUUACUGUGCCUGUACACACACCAAAAAUCAAAUGGACAUUCCACAGUUACCGGCUCAGGCACUUAAUACUGUUUUUCUUUUGCCAGCUCCUGUAAUGUAUGAAAGGCUAUCAUUUUGUAGAACAAUAAAUCUCUCUCUUUCUAACCA